AUGGUCACCGCCGGAGCUCUCCACGCUGGCAGCCGUGUCCUCCUACCGAUCCGCCGAAGCUUCAGCACACCCUGGUCCCACGUCCGCUCCCACCUCCACUCCACCAAGCCCCCUUCUGCUCCACUCCCGCCCCCACCUCCGCCGCCGCCUUCUUCCCACGCGGCGUCCACGCGCUUCACCCCUGCCUUCACCCCUACCACUAGGAGGAGCGGAUCAAUCGGCUCCGGGGUAGUCGCGUGGUACCUCGGCUCGAUCGAGGCGCGGCCGCUGCUGACCAAGAGCAUCACGGCUGCCACAAUUUACACCGUUGCCGACCUCACCUCCCAGAUGAUCACACUUCCUGCUGAGGAGUCACUCGAUCUAACUAGGACUCUGCGCAUGGCUAGUUAUGGGAUGCUGUUCUCAGGACCUUCACUGCACUAUUGGUUCAACUUUAUCUCAAAAGUAGUCCCCAAAAAGGAUGUAGUGAGCACCUUCAAGAAGAUGUUUCUAGGACAAGCAGUUUAUGGCCCAAUUAUUAAUUGUAUUUUCUUCUCGUAUAAUGCAGGAUUACAAGGUGAGACAAUCCCAGAGAUCAUUGCAAGAUUAAAGCGGGAUAUAAUUCCGACCAUCAAAAGUGGGCUCAUUUAUUGGCCUCUUUGUGACUUCAUCACUUUCAAGUUUAUCCCUGUUCAUUUACAGCCGCUAGUAAGCAAUUCCUUUGCGUUUCUUUGGACCAUCUACCUAACAUACAUGGCCGGCUUAAAGAAACCAGGCGUGGAGGUGAUCACGAGCUCUUAG